GUGCCGUUGAAUUGAACCUUUUUUCUUUAUAAAUUGACCAUACUCAACCUCGUUUUUGAGCUACCCAAGUAACCAACUCUCUCAUUUCUUUUUUCUUUCUAUAAAUCCUUCGUUAGAUUCAUCAAACAAAAUAGUCACAAGUUCAUAUAUCUCUUAUUAUCUAUACUCUGUUUUUCUAUGAUGACGAAACAGAACAAUGUAGUAACACCUGAAAUUAACUCAUGUAUUAAUAAUCUCAUCUCUACCGUGGUUUUACCAACUGCAACAACUGUGCCAGAAUCUAUGGCUAUGCUUGGUGGGUUUUUGGAUUUUUCUCAUAAUAAUAAUAAUAACAAUAAUAAAUUUAUUAAGAGAUUUGAUGGUAGUAAAGUUAAUGCUUGGAUUGAUUCAAUGAGAGCUGCUUCUCCUACUCGUACUGUUAACAAAUCUUCAGAAAAUCAAGAAAAAUGUUCUUGGAUUCUUUAUCAUCCUUCAGCUUUGAAAUUGUUUGAUCAGAUUUUGUAUAGUGCAAAAGGAAAACAAGUUGUAGUUUUUCUUGACUAUGAUGGUACUCUUUCUCCCAUUGUUGCUGAUCCAGAUAAAGCUUUCAUGACUAGAAAGAUGAGAGGAACGCUUAAAGACAUUGCAAGAAAUUUUCCAACAGCCAUAGUGACAGGAAGGUGCAGAGACAAGGUGAUUAACUUUGUAAAAUUGGCAGAACUGUACUAUGCAGCAAGCCAUGGUAUGGAUAUAAUGGGACCAACUAAAAACCAAAUUGCUGCUGAGAAAACUAACAAAGCAGUGUUGUUCCAACCUGCAAGUCAAUUCCUACCAAUGAUUGAUGAGGUGUACAAAAUAUUGUUAGAAAAAACAAAAUCAGUCUCGGGAGCUAAGGUAGAGAACAACAAAUUUUGCUUGUCCGUGCACUUCCGUUGUGUUGACGAAAAGAGUUGGGCUCCAUUGGCGGAGAAAGUUAGAUUGGUGCUAAAUGAAUACCCAAAACUUAAGCUAACACAAGGAAGAAAAGUGUUGGAAAUUCGUCCCACCAUCAAAUGGGACAAAGGAAAAGCUCUUGAAUUCUUAUUGGAAUCAUUAGGAUAUGAGAAUUCUGAUGAUGUAUUCCCAAUCUAUAUUGGUGAUGAUCGUACUGAUGAGGAUGCAUUUAAGGUUUUGCGCAGAAGGGACCAAGGGGUUGGAAUUCUUGUUUCCAGUGUUCCAAAAGAAACAAACGCUUCCUACACACUUCAAGAUCCAUCAAAGGUUGAGCAUUUUUUGCGGCGAUUGGUGGAGUGGAAAAGAUCAAGUAGUAUUGUGAACCCCACGAGAGCAUAGAAUUGUAGCUAGAUUAAUUGUAGAUGAUGACCAGUUCAAGGAAUUGACACCACUUUAGCUAAAUAUAUACUGCUCAAACUGGUGGAUCGAUCCAAUUGUAUCAUGCACUUUCUUUUGGAAAUGGAAAAUAGUACCAUUGUUUCAUAA